CUGGUCAGGUGCUCGUUACAUACCUUCUGAUCGUAGUCGAUCAGUACGUCAGUAUUUAUAUCGGACUCGCCCAAUUUUGUGCAAUUCGUAACAUCAUGACUCGUUUUCGUGCUGCUUUCUGUUUCAUUCUCGUGUUGAAUGCAGCAUCGCGAAUUGUGCCUACUCUGGCCGAUAAUGCGGUGCCCGUUUUGCUGUGGGGCGGAUCAGUCAGUCCCGAUUCCGAAAAGAGUGCAGUGAACCCAUUUUUAAAAACGAGCAGCAAGGAAUUCGAUUUGUUUCUACGUAAAAGAUUAGAAAACUUGCCCCCUGUGCUCCUCUACGUGAAGGAUAAUCUGUGCACCGAGGAUUUAGUGAAGCACAAACAGCAGCUUCAGAAAAUGACUACCGGAGAUUCUUUACAUUAUUUCCCUGCUGUUGAGAGAGCAGUAGACACGCUCGAAGAUUUACCUUCUUAUAAUCAGACCUACAGCGAUUAUGCAGACUCAGCGUCGGAUGGACAAUUAUUAAUUGUGCCCAUCAGCAAUUUCGAUGCUAUUCCAGAGACCUAUAAGACAAUAAAGGAGUCUACUUCUAAUUUGAUAACAAUACUCACUGGGAAAUCUUGUAGUUACAACAGCUACAUAAGGUCUGAACGUGUGAAGAGAGAAACAGCGAAUGAAAAGAAUUUUACUAUUUUAGGAGAUUAUGUAUUGUUGUACUCUAGUCAUCCAUUACUAUUACAGUUUAAUGGCACGAAUACAGAACUUUCAUCACCUACAGUUAUAGAUAACAAAGGCAAGAAUUCAGUUAACAUGACCCUAACUUUUAAUGAAACUAAAAUUGCUGAUGUUGUCAAGCACAAGCUUGAUUUUAUAUUUAAAAUUUUAACUUCUGGAUAUUAUUCAUUGAAAACAAUUAGUUACACACGAAUUUACAAAGACUCUACAGAAAAAGGCGGUACACAGAAGGAGGUAACUUUAGAGACAAAUAGGGAUAUCGUUUUUCCAUUUAAUUUCUCUUAUCAUUGUUCGCAAAAUGUUACAUUCAAACAGAAUCUCUCUGAGGUAAGCAGUGUCCUUUUAAAUAUCAAAAACCUUCAAGUGCAGAUCGAUGCAAAGUCAUUAAAGAACAGUAAUAGAACAAAAGUAUUUAGCGAUGCGUACGAUUGCGUUGGUUUUACUACCAUUCCAAUUUGGACUGGAAUAUUCGUUACUGCCAUAUUAGCUUUAAUUAUGAUUUGGGGUCUCAGUAUGAUUAUAGAUAUUCGUACAAUGGAUAGAUUCGAUGAUCCCAAAGGUAAAACAAUUACUAUUUCAGCUGCAGACUAAUAGAAUACUACAAUAUUGUUAGGAAUAUUAUGUAAAUAUCGUAUCGCAAUAUACUGUAUCGUCAAAAAAUAGAUGUUCCCUUUCGUGAUGGUAAUUUAUACAGGUGAUCUGUACAUUAACAUUUGCUAUGAUUUUUCUAAAAUAUAUUUAACUGGAACAUUGAUUUUAGUAACGUUUCUGGCUCAGAUAAUAAAUUUAUUCAUUCCAUUUACGAGUUGUUUUCAGUAUUUGUAUAUUUUUUUGUAUAUAACAGCAUCUUUCUUUAUAGUAUAUAUUUGCAGUGUACAUUUCGCAAAAGUUUUAUUUUAUAUGGACACAAGGAGAACGUAAUAUACAAGUAAAUUGUUGAACAGUUGUGAUAUAUAAUACUUGGUUUCAAACAGUGUAAGUUCAUAAAAGAAUGUUUGCGUCACGCUCUUUGUACAUAGUACAUUAUAUUAUGCGUUGACUGUAAUAAAAUACAUAUAUAUUAAA